AUGGCGAGGCUUCAGGAACACAACAACUUUCUUUCGUCCAAGGUGGACGAAACCCAGCAGCUGCUUCACCAGCAGCAACCGCGGAACAUCCAGACAACUCGCUCCUCCGAGAGCUUGCAGACCCCCUGUGGGAAGAACAAACGCGGGAAGGUAGCGAAGGCAACGCCCACACCUUCCAGAGAGCUAGUAGUUCCGGCACCAAAGGAUCAGCCGCACAUCCCCAGGAAAGUCUACUCCGAUUGCCGACAUAGGCUAAACGAUCGGGAACGUCGCGCUAACGAUCGGGAGGCAGAGAGAGAGAGGUCUCCGAUCGGUAUUGGCGCUCGAAUAAGGGACUCACGGAUGAAAAUCCUAGGAGACAAGUCGCCUAUUCGGAAGGUCAGAGGACUAGAUCCUACCGAGUCGUCGGAAUCCGAGUACAUCCCUACCAAGACACACACUUCCACCUACCGUUCGGCAACACCUUCACGGUGUGCGGGAGAUAAUUCACUGGGCCUACAACGACAAUCGGAAGAUUACGGCGCCGAAGAAAUCCCUAGCCGAGACCCCAUUGUCCGACUCCUUUUUCAGAAAGUCCAGAAGAUGGAAAACGACAACGCUCGCUCCCAAGAACCGGAAUGGGGAAAGCUUCGACCUGGACCAUUCACCAGGCGCAUCCGGGAUUCUCGGCAGGACAGGGAGGUGCAGCAACUGCGUAUACCGUUCUAUACGGGAACGGAGGACCCCCUAACACACCUCCACUCAUUUCAGUCCGCCAUCGGAUGCAAAGGCCUGAGCGAUGAAGGGCAGUGCCUGCUAUUCCCGUCCUCCCUUACCGGGGCGUCCCUGAACUGGUUCUACCGGUUGGAGCCGGAAACGGUAGCCUCCUUCGACGAGCUGAAGCAGAUUUUCCUCAACCACUUCAUGAUCCAAACGGACCGUCUCUACUCCGCCGAUGAUCUGUACACGAUUCGGCAAAGAGAGGACGAACCGUUGAGAGAAUACGCGGCGCGCUUUAGUCAUGAGUACUCAAGGUGUCCAGAAACAGAUGAUAGGGCAGCCUACGGCGCCUUUAAGAGCGGCCUUCAGUCCUCGCAUUUCCGAUACCUAGUACACAGCAGCAACUGGCGCACGUACAACGAACUGAUGAAGCAGGCGGCAAUCCACGCAAAGGCCGAAUACUUCAACUCGAAACCCACGAUUUCGGCACCACGAGGAGAUGCGGAACCAAGUGCCUAUCCUGCAAAGGCGCCACCCUACGAGCGAGUCGACACCUUCUCGGCGGGUCAUAAGAGGAAAGACGACCGCGCCGAUCGAAGGGAGCACUCGAAGAAAGGAAUCGUGAUCACGGCAGCGAGAUCUUCACCCUACUGA